GCUUAUCAUUGCCUACAACUCCUUCCAUCUGUACGACGCUCCUACAGUACAAUUUUCUAAGCGGCUUUUCGAUUUAACGGAAUACAUCUUUGGAAACCAUGUUUAUUCAUUUUCUACCUGUUACUGUUCAGCGAGACCAACCACAUUUGACCAAACACAAAACAUUUCAGAUUCAGAUCCCAUAUGCCGCAUGCCACAUGCCACAAAAGCAACGCUGGCCUUAAUCCUUUCCAUUCUAACAUGUCAACUGGCAUUACAUCACAAGAGUAUAUUGGCUGGCAGGCUGAAGUUGUUGUCGGCGUUUUCACAGCUAUCCAAGUGUUUGUUGUGGCUUUUCGUUUCUAUGCACGAUCUCUCACGGCGAGUCGGUACGGAUUAGACGACUGGUUGGUGUUAGCUGCUUUACUCACCCAACUCGUGCAAGGAGGCAUAAUAAUAAAUAGCGUCAGACGAGGGACCGUUGGGUAUCAUUCCGGGUAUCUGGAGGAGACUCGUCCAGAAGCUGUUACCUUAUUCUUGAAACAUCUCGUGGCUAUCUCAAUUUUGUAUUCAGCAGCAAUCUGGAUUUCGAAAUUAUCAAUAUGCAUACUUUAUAGGCGUUUGUUCCCACAGCGCCUUGUGUAUAUUCUAUUGUGCAUAAUUGUCAGUAUUAUGAUAAGCACAAGUAUUGUCGCCGUCAUUUUACUCUUCGUCGCCUGCAGACCUUUUUGGACAAACUGGGCCGCGCCUUCUAUACAAAGCACUUAUUGUAUAGAUAAAGAGGCGCUGUUUGUCUGGAGCUCGCUGCCCAAUGUCGUUACAGACGCGGUUAUGCUCGCCAUACCACUUCCUAUUGUGUGGAGGUUGCAGGUAUCAAGGAAUCUCAAGAUUGCAUUAACAUUUACCUUCUUUAUCGGUAGUAUCGGCCUCGUAGCAUCUAUACUCCGAUUAGUAGCGUUUCAUAAUACUAAUUCUUUUACUGAUGCUACGUAUAAUGCCGUGGAACUGGUCAUCUGGACAAUAGCGGAGCCUGGCAUUUAUCUUAUCUCGGCUUGUCUGCUUGUUUACCGUCCGUUGCUAGAGAAGAUCCGUAUAGCCGUCUCUCUAGUUCGGAGCAAGAUGAUUACCCCGAGGGCAAGCGGCGCCAGAUCCGAUAAUUAUGAGCUAGGGUCAAUACCGUACGAGAGACAACAGGGCAACAACCAAGGAAACAGGAACAGUGACAUCGAGCAGCUCUGGGGUCAAGAUAAUAACAGUCAAAGUGUUCUGCAUGCCGACGCCCAGGUCAUCGAAGCUCAAACAAAUCGGCAUAUGAACCCAUCUCACGGCAACGAGAGCGAGACUGGUAUUACACGGACUAUAGCUAUUCAACAAACCUGGAACACAGCUUAUUGAAAGUUAGUUUGGAUGGCGGUUUUAGCUAGAUUACCUAAGGUAACUUAUUAAAUGUGCCAAAAGUUGUAGGAAUUAAUAUUAAUGAAUUUACCUCAAUAACAAUUUAUUAUAACAUUUAAUAUAAAAUAAUAU